AUGCUAGCGGUUGUGAUCUUGACUUGGAGAAAAGAUGAUGCGUUGUGUCAAAUCGACGGUCCCAAAGGGCAGAUACUGUCCCUGGUCUUCCUUGCUGAUGGGAAGCAUGUAGUAUGUGCCUGCAAGGCCGAAAAAACGAUUCAAAUGUGGAACAUAGAAGGCCACGGGGAGGAGCAACUGAUGAAUCUUGGCGUUUCAGUGAAUGCUAUUACUUCUUCCAAGGACGGAAAUUUGAUUGUCACUGGGGGCGUGGAUGGAAAGGUGGUGGUUUGGGACACAAGCCUUCAAAAAAGUUGCGAGGCAGCAGAGCGGCAUGGAAGGAUAAUAACAGCCCUGGACGUAUCCUCACUACACGUCGCAAGCGGAUCAAGCGACGGGAAGAUUCGAGUCUGGAAAUUGGGGGAACCUGGAUUUCCUCCGGUGCCGGGCCCGUUGAUGCAUCACGACUCAUUCUCAGUCUCAUCAGUCAAGUUCUCGCCAGCCGGCAGCCACAUCGCAUCAGCCUGUGCUCACUGGGGUUGUAGUGUCAAGAUUUGGAACGCUCGUACCGGGCAUCAAUUAGCACCUAUCCGAAUUGAUGGCUCACCCACGCACUCACUCGCUUGGUCUAGUGAUGGUCGACGAUUAUUUGCUGGCUGUUCCAACGGUUCAAUUAGUUCUUUUGAUACGGUCACUCAAAAAUCCUCGAAGGUCGUGGAACCUCGUCCCGGGGACGAUGCUAUAAGUUCUCUUCGCAUCUCCAACAGUGAUCAAUUCCUUGUUUCCUUCUCGGCUCCUGGACGAACGGUUGACAUCUGGGAUAUCCGUAAUACCCCUGCAUGCACACCCAUUCGCUCGUACAACCGAUGUGUUUCAGCAUCCAUUUCUCCAGACGACCUCUAUCUGGCCAGCAGUGGAAUUGACAGGAAGAUAUCUAUACGAAGCCUCUCCAAACUCGUUGAGGCUUCCUACUUCUUCCACCGUCUCGCUCCUUUGCUGAGUGACUCGGAACCUUUCACAUAUGUCAGUCCCGCGGCGUACCGAGCUUGGAAAGUUGGAGAACUACAGCAAGUAGAGCACAUCCUAUCGAGGGAAAUUGAAGACAAACGAUACCAGCAUUUCGUUUGCUAUGCCCGUGCUAACCGCGCGCUCGUUCGAAUGCGGCGGGGGGACUUGAAUGGAGCUUUGGAUGAUGCUGGAGAGGUCAUUGGACAGAAUAAUGGUGCUCAGAUCCCACCCAUAGCUCACAUCGCGAAGGCUAUGGCAUUUAUUGGGCAGGGAAAACGAACGGAAACAAUAGCCGCUUUUGCAUCUGUCCACCAUGGUGACGCCAAGAACUUUGUCGAGUGCGUCAAGUUCAUCGCCUUGUUCGAGCUGGAGCUUCGUGAUAAACUAAAUCAUGGGACAGGGGUCGCUGAGUUUUUGCCGCUGGAAGACGCCUGCUCCUGUCCGUGGGUGAAAACACGCAAGCUACUCCUCCUGGUUGAGCAUUACAUGCAGAGAGGGGAAUACAACGAGGGUCUACGGCUUUUAGCGAAAGCACCUGAUCUUCGCCCGUUUCUCCAAGUUCCAGAAGCAAAGACACUACCACUAGUAUUCGGUUGGGACAUCUACGAUCUAGUGCACAUGGUUCAGCACCUAAUGUGCCAAGCCCUGUUUGCUUCCGGACGCACGCAAGAGGUGAUGAACUUUCUCCAAAUGAACGACAAUCACCUCGACGAAGAGAAUGAAUUAAGGAAAGCGGACCUUGGUUGGAUCUGCGAGAAGUUAGGUGACGAAGCCAUGUGCCGAAAGAAGUAUGACGAUGCCAUCACUUGGUACUCUGUGUCACUAGACCUUUGCCCAGAAGCUCGGGUUAUUGAUUGUGGAUCGGAAUUCGCAAAGAGAUGUUUCUCGGCAAUAGAUUUGGCCAGCGAUGUGGUGGAUGAGGCAAUUACUGAGGACUUGACCUUGAUGGCUCGCUACCCGCCCGGUUCUGCUCGUCUUCUUGUCAAGCGGAGCAAGGCAAGAGCAUUCAAACAGUCUUGGCAGGGUGCUUUGGAAGAUGCCAAUCAGGCAAUCGACAUGGAUAAGUUGUGUCCGUGGGGGUAUGAGAGAAGAUAUGUGGCGUUGCGUGCUCUUCGCCGUUAUCGAGAGGCGACCGAAAUAUUGGACAAGAUGGUUACAAAGGUGGAAGAGUCAGCCGAUCCAAGUAUCCGCCAGUUGCGCUCGAAUUACGCUGGGACAAUCAAAACAAUUGAGGGGCAGAUCAAAGCCAUCUGCGAAAUAUCUCCGCUCGUACUCAUCGAUGUCAAAACUGGAAAUCUCUGCGAUGCGACCGCUCGUGUCCGGAUGUUCAAAGCAGACGACACCUUCCAUGAACUUGUCUCGUCCAUGUCCACGGAGCUAGACAGCAAUCGCAUCAAGAAGGUGGUAGCAAGAUAUUUCCGCUACGUCAUGUUUUCGCAUACUUGGGAAGGGAAAGAACCCACGUUUCAAGACCUCUCUGAAAAAUCAGUCUAUGAGCUCGAUCCGCACCCGCUAAAGCAUAAACUUCGUUGUUUCUGCGAGAGAGCUCGGGAUGACCCCGAAGGAUACCUAUGGGCGUGGAGCGAUACCUGUUGCAUCGAUAAGACGAUCGAAACUGUUUACAGGAAGUCAAUACGUUCUAUGUUCAACUGGUACAGAGAUUCCGCUCUUACUAUCAUACUCCUCGCUCGUGCACCCACAUCGUCCACUCUCAAGAAUAAUAGAUGGAUGACACGGGCCUGGACACUCCAAGAACUCCUCGCACCCAAAUCCGUCCGUUUUUACGACAGGGACUGGAAACUCUAUGGGGAGGACACUCGGCCCAACCACAAGGAAUCACCUGACAUCAUGCGGGAGUUGGCGGAGGCUGUUGACGUUACCCAAGACACCCUCGUUGACUUCUCCCCGCAUUCGCUUAGCAUCCGAACUAAGCUCCGUCUAGCUUCGACUCGCGAAGCCACAGAGAAAGCCGAUAUCGCAUACGCGUUGAUUGGGAUCUUCAGCAGUGAUUUGAUUCCCGAGUAUCGCGACCCUGAGGAUGCGCUGGGGCUUCUCUUGCAGGAGAUUGUGCACCGGGAAGGUGACGCCAAAGCUGUGCUAGACUGGGUUGGGAAGUCGUCGCAGUUCAACAGUUGCCUUCCUGCUCAGAUCUCGGCUUACCAAAAUCCCCCCUACACUCCCCCACCCAUUCCGGAGAAUGAGAUGGAAGCGAGAGCUGCGAAACUGCAGGUCCUGUUACCGCAGCGGGAUGUCACCAUGUUUUUCGAAAGUCUUUCCGCCCUUGGCUCGAUAGGUUUCACUCAUCGGCGACUUACCCUGCCAUGCAUCAUAUUUUCUGUCUCAGUAUACACCGCGCGAAAUGAUGAAGCCUCUUCAGCUUCUAGUCAAAAUAUCGUCUGUCAAGCACAGGCAACAGCAUCAGGCCAAUUUCAGUUCAAAACCUCAUGCACGGCAUUCACGGCGCAGAGUGAGGUAGUGCUUGUAUACCCUUGGAUUCGUGAACUCCUCGCUCAGACAAAUCGACCGGAAUGGAACAAUUACACUCGGGCGUUACGACUAGUCGUCCAUCUCGAACAUCCAUUCAGAGCGUUGCUACUUAUGAAACAGUCCGUUGAUACAUACAAGAGAGUGGCUACUGACGAGGAGAUUCUCAUUCCCCGACGGGAGGUGAUGUCAUUGACGGAUAUUGGUAUGAAGGUACUGGAGAUCCGGUGA